AUGGCAGUGCGUAGUACUGGACCUCUUUUGUCGAGACUGCGUGACCUGAUGAAGUUAAAGUAUUUAGGUGAACCCAUUCAAGGUUAUAUUGUUUUAUCAGAAGAUGCUCAUCAAAAUGAGUAUAUUUCUGCAUGCGAUGGACGGCGAGCUUUUAUCACUGGUUUUACAGGUUCUGCUGGUGUUGCUCUUAUUACACAAAAUGAGGCCUUAUUGUGGACAGAUGGUCGUUACUUUGUACAAGCCCAACAACAAUUAGAUGAUAAUUGGACUUUAAUGAAAAUGGGACUACCAGAUACAAGUACAUUGGCUGAAUGGCUAACAAAAAAUAUGAAAGCUGGUUCUAGAAUUGCUGUUGAUGCUAAUCUAAUAACAUACAGUGAAUGGCGUAGAAUCAAUAAAGAAAUAAAAUAUAAGGGCAUUAACUUGGUUCCAUUAGAUACCAACCUCAUAGAUCGCAUGUGGUCUGACCGUCCAGCUAUUCCAUCAAAUCCAGUUAAACCGUUAAACAUUAAAUUUACAGGAAAAAAAUGUGGCGAAAAGGUUGAGGAAGUUAGACAGAAAAUGACUGAAAAAAAUGCUACUAUUUUGUUAGUUACUGCUCUUGAUGAAAUUGCGUGGUUAUUAAACUUGAGAGGAUCUGACAUAACGUAUAAUCCAGUAUUUUAUUCAUAUGUAAUUGUCACACACACAGAUGUUCAUUUAUUUGUUGAUGACAAAAAACUAGAUUCAACAGUAUCAGAACAUUUUAAAAGUGAAAACUUGUCAGUCAUUAUACAGCCUUAUGAUAAACUACAUACAUUUUUUAAUGAUAUUUUGGCAUCAGACAAUAGUAAGACUGGAAAAGUUUGGGUAUCAGACCGAUCUAGUUAUAACUUGGUUAACAUUGUACCAAAAUCCAAUCGCAUUUCUAAACCUACCCCCAUUCCACUCAUGAAAGCUAUUAAAAACUCAGUUGAAAUUAAUGGUCUUAAAAAUGCACAUAUCAAAGAUGGUGCUGCAUUGUGUUCAUAUUUUGCUUGGUUAGAAGAAAACAUAUCAUUAGGAAAUUUGACUGAAAUAUCAGUUGCUGAAAAGUUACUAUCAUUUAGAAGUUUGCAAGAAGAUUUUGUGGGUCCAAGUUUUGAAACAAUUUCUUCGUCUGGUCCAAAUGGUGGAAUAAUUCAUUAUUCACCAACUCCAGAAACUGAUAGAAAAUUAAGUGUAGACGAAAUGUAUUUGUGUGACUCUGGCGGUCAAUUUUUUGAUGGAACUACUGAUGUAACUCGUACAUUACAUUUCGGAACACCGACUGAAUACCAGAAAGAAUGUUUUACUAGAGUAUUUAAAGGUCAAGCGAAUUUAGCAAUGAGCAAAUUUCCUCACAAAAUUCUAGGCAAUUGUCUGGAUUCAUAUGCACGUAGAUUUUUGUGGGACGUUGGCUUAGAUUACAUGCAUGGUACUGGUCAUGGUAUUGGUUCUUACUUAAAUGUACAUGAAGGACCUAUGGGAAUAUCUUGGAGAGAAAUUCCGAAUGAUCCUGGCUUACAACCUGGAAUGUUUUUAUCAAAUGAACCUGGGUAUUAUGAGGAAGAUUUUGGUAUACGCAUUGAAGACAUUGUCUUAGUUAAGGAUACAACAACUGAAUAUAAAAUGCCACAGAAGCCAUUUUUACAAUUUGAAACUGUUACUAUGUGCCCUAUACAAAUUAAAAUGUUGGUGAUGGAUUUGCUCACAGAUACAGAGAUUGAUUAUUUAAACGAAUACCAUCGUAAGUGUUUGGAAGUUCUGACACCAUUAUUAGAAAAAUUAGAUGACACGAGAGCAUUAACAUGGCUGAAAAAGGAAACACAACCAAUCAAGCAAUAA